AUGCUUUUGAUGCAGUAUGAUCCCAAGCUGCCGAUAGUCGUGGCAGCCGGUGCUUCCACUUACGGUGUCGGCGCUGUCAUCUUUCACGUUUUUCCUAACGAAACUGAGAAGGUGAUCAUGCGUUCAUCCAGGUCGCUUACCCCAGAGGAACAAAAAUACGGCCAAGUUAAGAACCUAACCAUAGUUCCGGUCGACCGACUGACUGGCAUUGUCAAUCCAUCGGCUAUCCUUGGCGCGCUUCGUCCCAAUCAGACAGUCUUGAUUUCACUGAUGCUCGCGAAUAACGAAACCGGAGCGAUCAUGCCCGUCGGGGAUGUUGUUCGUGCUGUUCGUGCCUGGGAAGCUCAAUUAUACAAAUCCACUGACAACCUCGCUCCAUCAUCCUAUCGAGUUUUUAUUCACUCGGAUUUGGCACAGGCCGUGGGAAAACUCGAUGUGAAUAUCAGAAAGCUGGGCAUUGACUACGGCACGAUCGUCGGGCAUAAGACGUAA